GUGAUGGGUGCUUUGUGUCCUUUUCCAAGUGGAUUGAGGCUAUUUAGGACAUCAAAAGCAGCAUCUACUGUGCGCAGGAAAUCAACUGUGGCUGCACAUCCACGGAACUGUGGAUACCUCAGUUGUUGCUCGCAGUACUCAAGAGCAGCAGCCACGCUGCUGCUAAAGAUUUGGGCCACACGGUGAACCUUCAUUUUUUGAUGUUGCCACUGAAUGUGAGCCAUUUUGAGUUUGUUGCCAAGACGCAAGCCUUCCCUCUCCUGAAGCUUCUGCAACUCCUCAAUGUACUGCCAACGUAUCAGCUGGCCUUAUUCCCUAACAAUAACUUUAACAGUUGAAAAGACAUUGCGAAGAAGCUUGAGCAGUAUAUCUAUGGUCAGGUCAGGCUUGGGGAGAAAUUAUGACACGUCUUUAAAUAAAGUAAAAAUUUCUAGUGCCGAGUGGAGCCAACCCCAUAGAAGCACUGAUUUGAUCUCAUUUCAGAGAAAAAUAGAACAGGUUAGAUGCACCUAAUAAAUAAAAUUACUAACAAACUCAGGAAUCUGUUGCUUCACUGUUCUGGUGCUGAAAAUAUCACUAAUGCGGAUCAAAGGAGAUACACAGAUGAUUGCACCUCCUAUUUAUUAUUUGGAAACUACAUUUACUGCAGCUGGCAGAGGCAGAGAUUGUUUCUAUUGAUACACGGAGUUUACAGAAUCAUUUUAAAUUGUAAUAGGGGAAGACUGCAGGAGGGAGCGGUAAAAUACAGGGGUCCCCAGCAAAAACAAGAAACUUUACAAGUCUGAUGAAACUUGCUGGGCCUUCAGCAGGCCCGUUGGCAGCUCCAACGACCCAGUGGCUGUGCUGGGUCAAUGUUAUCGAGCUCAGUCCGGCUCGGCCUUGAACGAGCCGAGGCGACGUCGUGCUCUGCUUAAGAAGCGGUGUUAUUUUCCCGCUUCAGAAGAAGCGUCCAACGUGUUUUUACGCUUUCUCCAAGACAUGUCACGUCGCUAAGUUGUUGGCGCCGCGCGCUAACACGUCAAUAGUGCAGCAUAGCCUGCUGGAGGUUUUAAGGGUUCAGAUGAAACACCCGACCUCUCAGGCUGCUCACACAUCGAUCUUAAGUUGUCGCUGUUGCGCUCACAUCGUAAUACAGUAUUAGAUGCGGUUAAAGUCAGACAUAAGAAACUAAAUUUUACAUGAAUAAGUGAUGCUUAGCCUGGUGGGGGGAGGAAAACCUGGCCUAAUAAGCACUGGAGGAAACCCUGUCAAGAUCAUCAACACUCGUUUAUCUUAAUGCUACUGAAACAUGUAAACCAAAAAGCAUUAUAUCCACUGCUACCUUUCUAAUUUUAAACUCAGUAACUUAUGCUGUAACUUUACCUUGCCCUGCCUGCUCAUCCUUGCUGCCCACUGGCUGUGAUCACAAGCGACAACAUAGUAGUUCCCGCUGCUUCUUCGGGAAACAGCGCCAACAAAAACAAAAAAACGUGGGAUCUUGUCGGCGUGGCGGUGGGAUUUAAGGGAAACCCUGUAUGCCCUAUAGACUUAUGGAGACUAACACCAAGCACUAUCAAACAACUCACCGAGCUGCAGUAUUUCUCCGGUCAGAUCUGUCUCCGAGUUCGUGAGCUCCACGAGCGGUCAGCCCGCGCAGCAGCUAGGCGCCACAUCGGUCAGACAUGCACCGGCCUGACCGCUGGGGAGAACCGGAUGGAAGAAUGGAACACAGAAGUGUCCCUCCAAGCGCUCCGUCAUAUUUCAAUGAUUUCAACCCAUUUUUAUAUCAAAUGCACUGGGUUUUACCCAUCGACAUAUGCCCUAUUAAUUAUUUUACCGUAUUUUACAUCUAAAUUUCAUGGUUAAACAGUACAUGCUACAUGUUAAAAUGAUAGUUAGCUAGCUACUUCGAUAAACUCAGCUAGUUUAAAGGCGGCAGUGACAUAAAAUACAAAAAUAUAUUUUAACUUACCAAAAAAAAUGAAGUGGAGACCCCUUGGACGGUCUAUUAGUGGAAUUAAUAACACAGCAAGUCAUUUUGUCCAACAAUUGCACCAAUAUUAUCCAAAACAGAAUUCACAAGCACAGAGACUCAAAAUCCCGAAACAGUUUCCAGGAGAGACCGAGGCUGUACUGAGGCCUUUCCACGGAGCUAGCUCUGUUGUCACGUGGGUCUGAGGCGGCGGUCACGUGUGUCGGAUGCUCAUUAAUUAUACAGAAUUUUAGGCUUUCAAUACACUUAAACAGAAGAGUGAGAAAAAAAUUCACCCCCCUCAGAGUUGUCAUGAGUGUAAACUAGAUAAUUUAGACAAAAAACAUGUUUUGGUACCAGGCUGUAAACAUGUUUAUUUCUGCUGUAAAAAUGGCAUUUUUAACAUGGGAGUCAAUGAGGAUUUGCUCGCUUCUGGUACCAGCCCCCAGCGGAUGAGGGUGGAACUGCAAUUUUUCUUAUUUCCGGGUUGGGACCAAUUUUAGAGCCGCAUUGUGGGGGCUUGGGGGGCACACUACCAUCACUUCUGCAGCAGUGCGUGCAUCGGGAGGAUUUCUCCCCACCUCUUUCACCAGAGGACGGAGGUGGUGAAAGCCAGAUGAUGCCUCCACAUGUCUUCAACACUAACAGGCACUAAUUUCUAGAGUUUAUCAGAAUUUAAAAGGUAACUCUGUGGUAACGGUUUCAGUCCUACAAUGAUUUUGUUUUUUAUUCCUAGACUUUAAAUGAAGGAUCAGAGUAAGUGCAGCCGACAGACACAGAUGAACAACACAAAAGGAAAUCUUGUUCCCUCUCCUGGACGCAGGUCACCAGGGCCCUCCUCUGGAGCCAGACCUGGAGUUGUGGCACGUUGGCGAGUGCCUGGUGGCCGAGCUUUUACCCAUGGAGCCCGGCCGGGUUCAGCCCAAAGAGGACACCCCUUUCCAUGAGCACUCGUGGGAGGGGCAAAAGUGGUUGGGUGCAUUGUGUGUCGGGUGGCAGCCAAAUACAGGGACCAUGGUGGUCUGAUCCUCAGCAACAAAAGCUAGCUCUCGGUACGUGGAAUGUCACCUCUCUGGUGGAGAAAGAGUUGGAGUUGAUGCAUGAGGUUGCGAGGUUCCGACUAGACAUAGUUGGACUCGCCUUAAUGAAUGGCUCUGGCAGCAGAACCAGUUUCCUCGAGACGGGCUGGACACUCUAGCACUCUGGAGUUGCUCCCACUGAGAGGCGCCAAGCAGGGGUGGGCAUAGAUUUUGCCCAUUACCCUGGUGAACGAGAGGGUAGUCUCCCUCCGCCUAUGUGUGGUACGUGUGUCCUGACUGUUAUCUGUGCUCAUGCAACAAACUGCAGCUCAGACUACCAACACCUUUUGGAGUCCUUGGAGGAGAUGCUAGAGAGCACUCCUUCUGGUGACUCCUUCGUUCUGCUGGGGGGACUUUAACGCUCACGUGGGAUACGACAGUGAGACCUGGAGAGGUGUGGUUGGGAGGAAGGCCCCCCUGAUCUGAAUCUGAGCGGUGUUUUGUUACUGGACUUCUGUUCAUGUCAUGGAUUGUGGCGGCAACCCCCAAACCCGCUGGUGGACACUGGCAGUUAGGGAUGCCAUCAAGCUGAAGAAAGAGUCCGAUCGGGUCUUUUUGGCCUGUGGGACUCCAGAGGCAGCUGAUGGGUACUGGCAAGUGGAAUGCGGUUCAGUUGUUCAUGGAAGAAAUAACCCAGGAGUGGGAGGAGUUCAGUGAGACCAUGGAGCGAGACUUCUGCAUGGAGAUUCUGGUCCACCAUCUGGCAUCUCAGGAGGGUAAAGCUGUGUGCUACCAACACACUGUGAUGGAAGUGACUGUGUGCUGCUGACCAAUACUUGGGAUGUUGUGGAUCAGUGGACGGGGUACUUCGAAGACCUCCUCAAUCCCACCGGUGAAGAAGCAGAGUCUGGGGACUUUGGAUUGGCCUCUCUUAUUUUUGGGGCCGAGGUCACUGAGGUGGUCCAAAAAACUCCUCGUUGGCAAGGCUCUGGGAGUGGAUGAGAUCCGUCCGGAAUUCCUUAAGGCUCUGGAUGUUGAAGGGCUGUGUUGAUAGAUGUGACUCUUCAAUAUCUCAUCAGAGGCAGUUCCCACUGGACUGGCAGACUAGGGUGGUGGUGCCCCAUUUAACCCCCAGAGACCCACGGUUGUAAUAUUACAACAUCAGAUUUAAGUCUACAAAACUAAACGUUCCCCAUUUUUUUUCUUUUUAAAACCACAUUUACAUUGCUAAUAGGUCCUAUAGAGCUCCGGGAGUUGACGUCACUUCUCCCGGCAUGCAAAAGUUCAAAUCGAAACGGCGCCAUAUUGGCAGGUAGAAGCCAGCAGCUGGACUUUUUGUUAUUGUCAGAAAACUCAAUCAGACAGGAAAUAUGGUAGAUUCCUGUUGUGCCCCAGGAUGCAGAACAGACACGGACAACAUAAGGAAUGAGCCAUCUACAGGAUUCCCCAAGAUCCGGAGCGCCGCAAACGUUGGAUCGUUGUAAUAAAACGCGCUAUGUGACCGGGCUGAAAUGAAGCUGUGGGAUCCCGAGAAUAAAGGUUUUCGCUUAUGCAGCGGGCGCUUCAUAUCAGGUACUUAAACCAACGUUUCCUCAACUGUGUGUGGUAUUUAUUUUAAAUGCUUUUAUUACGAUUCUUAGUGGGCUUCCUAAACUUAUUUUGGCGUGGCUUUUUCUGUCUUAUUACUCAUAGCAACAAGUAAACAUCACGUAAAACUGUGCCUCGUGAUUUCUGGGUGCUGCCGUUUACGUGUUUUAUGAUCACAGCAAUUAACCAGCUAAGCUGUAUUUAAUUUUUAAGCAAUGGUUGAUCAAUUGUCAGAUCACACAUAAAAAGCACUUUGGAUUGCUAUUAUCUGUCUCACCGAGACAGAUCUCAGACAGAUCCUGAGACGCUCCUGCCUGACAUAUUUAUUUUAUUCACGGAAAAAAAAAUCAAACUAGUGAUUUCUCUUGGCGUUCAGUUUAUACAUUCAAACAGCACAGCACUCUAUUUAAACUACUUACGUGUAAAUCUGUUAUUUGUCCAUCCAUCCAUCCAUCCAUUUUCAUCCACUUAUCCGGAGUCGGGUUACGGGGGCAGUAGCGUCGAGAGGCCCAGACUUCCCUCUCCCCAGCCACCUGAGCCAGCUCUUCCAGGUAAAUCCCAAGGGGUUCCCCGGCUAGGUCCGGUAAGAAGUCCGCUCCGACAGCUUCUGGCGUCGGAGCGGGCAGUAGCGUCGAGAGUCCCAGACUUCCCUCUCCCCAGCCGCCUCCUCCUCCGGGGGAAUCCCAAGGGGUUCCCCGGCUAUGUCCGGUAAGAAGUCCGCUCCGACAGCUUCUGGCGUUUUUAAAAAGUAUCCCAGGGGCACGGUAAGGGUCGUAGAUGUUUACUCUGUUUAAUUUCUGACUAUAUAAAACGAUUUCUUCGGUUUUAAAGUGUGAAGUAAACUCCGACGAAGUAAAAUCCAAGCUGAUCCCGUUCACGUUCAUGGUUAAGAUCCAUGUUUGUUUAGCUUCUUUUACCUGCCAAUAUGGCGUCUACUAACUGAGAGUCACGUGGGGUCCGGAGCUCUAUUGUUCAGUUCUGCAACACUAUUGGCUGUUAAAAUGUGUAAAUAGGCCCGUUUAUCUGGCCGUGAAGUCAAACAACCUGAGAGCCCGCUUUGGAGAACAUUAUCUUGUAGUUUUCAACAGGAGAAAUCAAGACUCAAGUAAGUAAAAAGCUUUAAGUAUUUUUUUCUGUGAUAAUUGAUGUGUGUAGAUCAUACAGAUUUUAUGACAUCAUUGAAUAUACUGAUGAUGUGAGAUUCUGAGCUUGUUUUGUCCAUGUUGUAAUUUUGAAACAGUGGGUCUUCGGAGUAGCAAAAGUUGGGUGUGCACCCUGCACUUGAGGGAGUUUACUUUCCACUUGUUUGAUGGUGAAAAUACUAGGAUAAAUAUUACUGUUUAAUCAGUUUGUAAUGUUUUUGAUCAGUUUUUAAUGUUGCAACAAUUUUGACAUAUUUUACAAAUUUGAUGUUGGAUCAAAAUACAACUUUUUGUUGUACUAAUAUAAUGUGUUGCACUAUACUAGUAAUUAGGAUUGAAAGAUUUAUGUGGCAUAAUUUGCAAUAUACUAUAGUGCUGGUUUUCUUUUUCCUGGGUUCUGCUUGGCUGGCCAAAUAGCUGCUUUUUGAAUGAUAAGGUGAUAAUGUUCUGGGAAGUAGGGGUGUAAGUGCUCAUAGCAUGACAAAGGGAGCAACUGAUACAAUUGCUGAUCUCUGGAAUGUGUGAAUCUUUUGUGUUGGCAUAUCUAAAAUUAAUUUGCAUUGCAAUUACCUGACCUGGAAACUAAUCUGCUAUUGUAACUUUCAGCAUGCCUGAAACCAGGAAAAGCCACAUCAGGUACUGUGUCCAGGAUGCUAUUGAAGCCAUCCAGAAUGGAGACAGUGACUUGGAAAUGUCAUUUGAAUCAGAUUCAAAUGAUGAAGAGGAGAAUGAAGUUAUCUGUGAAGUGGACAAGGAAAAUAAAUUACCCAAUGGCCAACUAACAUCUGAUGUUCACAUCAUCCCAACAGAAGCAGGGCAUUCUGAUUCCCAGACCAUGUGCCAUGACAGGUAUCGCUGGCUGAAAAAGAAUUUCAUCAGUCCCAGUACUGAUUUUUCUGGUCAGGAUGUCACUAAUGGUGUCCAAUCCCUCUGCGGACCACUGGAGUACUUUCAGAAGUUUGUGACAGAGGACAUGAUCAAGGCUCUGGCAGAUAACACUAAUCAGUACAGUGUUCAGAAGAAAGGACACACCAACACAAAGGAGAUAGAGCAGAUGAUUGGCAUGUAUCUGAAGAUGGGCCUUGUCCAAAUGCCUGGCAUUCGCAUGUACCGGGAAGCAGACACACGAUACAGUCCAAUCUCAGAUGUAAUGUCACGAAACAGAUUCCAGUCUCUGUUGAAAUCAUAACAUUUUGUGAGCAAUCUAACUGUGUCUGAGAAGGAACAAAAUGCUGACAAACUCUGGAAACUCAGACCAUGGCUUGAUGCUUUCGGAGAGAAAUGCCUAAAGGUGGUCCCUGAAGAACAUAACUGUUGAUGAAAUGAUGAUCCCUUUCAGGGGGAAAUUCAGCAGCAUCAAACAGUACAUGUGUGGCAAGCCAAACCCAUGGGGCUUCAAAUACAAGUUACCACUGAAGUCCUGCCGCUGGUACCUUUAUAUCUUCUGGCACACCAUUAUCCUAGCUGUGAUCAAUGCUUGGCUCCUGUACAAAAGGGACUGCAAUGCCUUGCAUAUUCCAAAGAAACAGGUGCUAAACAAGAGACUUUCAGGCCCAGUUGGCAUCAUCUCUUCUCCUGAUUGGCACAGGUGUAUCAGUGCCAAAGCGAGGGCGACCAUCUUCAAGCCCAGUGUCAUUGAGGGGGAGCACAUUGACUUCCCACAACAGGCUGUUCACAGAUGAAGGUUCUCCAGCUGCCAAAAUGCCCAAGAAGUCAAAUGCACACCCUCCAAAGGAAGUUCGCAAGGACAUGAUCGGAUAUUUUCCCAUCAAAGUCGACAGAGGAUGGUGCAGAAACUGUGCUAAAGGCUACACAAACACGCUUUGCAAGAAGUGCAAUGUCCGCCUCUGCUUUUCAGAGCAAAAAUAACUGCUUUUGGGACUACCACAAUUGAAUCAAACAAAUGAAACCUGCACAUUUAUGUGUGUUUUCUCCUUCAGAAUUUCCACAUAGAGCCUGGUUCAAAUAGUCCUUUUUUGUAAUAAAUUGUUCAUAAAUUUUUUUUUCUCUUAAACCAUUGAUAUUGUGUAGAUACAUACACUUCGGUUGGCCUUUAUGCGCAGUAAUGUACAAAUACACUUUUAAUUGUCACUUACAUGUGUUCAGAGUGUGAGUGAUUUCAAUGAAAUUCUGCUACCCUACAGGCCCAUUGUUGCAAUUUUACAACAUGCCCCCCAAAAGUUACUAAAAUAUCAUAAUAAUAAAAAACACUGAUUUGUGCAUCACAAGCCUCCUAGAACAACAUGUGAAAGGUUGAAAAAGAUUUUGCAGUUUUUUUCUAUAUUUGGGUUUCUGGGGGUUAAAAAGAGGAACCGCAGAGUGUGUUCCAACUACAGGGGGAUCAAACUUCUGAGCCUUCCUGGUAAGGUCUAUUCAGGUGUUUUGGAGAGAAGGGUCCAGCGGAUUGUCAAACCUCAGAUUCAGGAGGAGCAAUGUGGUUUUCGUCCUGGCCUUGGAACACUGGACCAGCUCUAUACCCUUAGGGGGUCCUGGAGGGUGUGUGGGAGUUCGCCCAACUAAUCUACAUGUGGUUUUGUGGAUUUAGAGAAGGCGUUUGACCGCAUUUCUUGGGGGGCCUGUGGGGGGUACUCCGAGAGUAUGGGGUACCAGGCCCUCUGAUACGGGCUGUUAAGUCCCUGUAUGACCAGUGUCAGAGCUUGGUCCGCAUUGCCGGCAGUAAGUCAGGUUCGUUCCCAGUGAGAGUUGGCUUCUCCAAGGCUGGCCUUUGUCACAAUUUUGUUCAUAACCUUUAUGGACAGGAUUUCUAGGAGCAGCCAAGGUGUUGAGGAGUUCUGUUUUUGUUGCCUGAGGAUUGAGUCUCUGCUUUUUGCAGAUUAUAUGGUCCUGUUGGCUUCAUCAGAAUGUGAUAGUGUUGAGUCAGAAAAGAGUGGAAUGCCUUCUCCGGGUCAGGGAUGGGUCCUGCCCCAAGUGGAGGAGUUUAGGUAUCUCAGGGUCUUGUUCACGAAUGAGGGAAGCUGGAGCAUGAGAUCAACAGGUGGAUUGGUGCUGCGUCUGCAGUUAUGCGGGUGUUGUACCGGUCUGUCGUGGUGAAUAGAGAGCUGAGCCAGAAGGCAAAGCUCUCAAUUUACCGGUAGAUCUACGUUUCUACCUUCACCUAUGGUCACGAGCUUUGGGUAGUGACCAAAAGAACGAGAUUGCAGAUGCAAGCGACCAAAAUGAGUUUUCUCCACAGGGUGGUUGGGCUCUCCCUUAGAGAUAGGUUGAGAAGCUCGGUCAUCCAGGAGGGGCUUGGAGUAGAUCUGCUGCUCCUCCAGAUUGAGAGGAGCCAGUUGAGGUGGCAUCUGGUCAGGAUGCCUCCUGGACGCCUUUCUGGUAAGGUUUUCUGGGCAAGUCUAAUCAGGAGUAGACCUAAAGUAAGACCCAGGACACGUUGGAGGGACUAUGUCUCUCACCUGGCCAGGGAACACCUUGGGAUUCUACCGAAAGAGCUGGCCCAAGUGGCGGAAGAGAGAGGGAAGUCUGGGUGUCUUGGCUUAGGCUACUGCCCCCGCAACCCAAAAUCAGUUUUAUGAACUAAGUGUGGUUUCAUGAAUUUAUUUUUAGGUGACCUGAUCUUUCUUCUCCAGGAUUACCACUACAGUGGCUUGCAACAUGGAUCUGACGAAGUAUCCCAUGGACAAGCAGACCUGCACGCUGCAACUAGAGAGCUGGGGUUACAACAUUAAUGAUGUCAUGUUUUACUGGACCCGAGGAAAUGAGUCUGUCAGUGGCUUGGACACUCUCCAGCUAGCUCAGUACACCGUGGAGGACCACUACACAUCUGUCUCCGAGGCGGUCUAUGAAACUGGAGUGACUACCGUUCUGACCAUGACCACCCUGAUGAUGGGAGCCCGGACUUCGCUGCCCAACGCCAACUGCUUCAUCAAAGCCAUCGACGUCUACCUGGGGAUCUGCUUCAGCUUCAUCUUCGGAGCGCUUAUUGAAUACGCUGUGGCUCAUUUCUGCUCUCUGAGUCAUGCUGAUGCUCACAUGUUCAUGGUGAGACUCCUUCACAUAAAUAUUACUGUUGUGGUCAUGACUGUUGCCAUGGUUACAGUCAGUGUGUUCAUCGUGAUGGUUGCUGUCUUUGUCAUCCCUGUCAUCCUCAUCUUGUAUAGCCACCAAAUGCAGGAGAUGGAGGAUGAAAUUAACGGCAUCGUCACCACUAUAACCAGUCACUCCCACAGAGCCAAGCGGCGUAAGGAGCCUGCAGGAACAACGCCUCCUGCUCCUGCCUCAACACAACUCACGGUCAGCCCCUCCAGCCCCUCUGGCAGUGAACCCAAACCUGAGGCGUCCCCUCCAGAACCCACCAACUUGUGCCUCACAACUCUGGCCACCUUUCGCAAAAUUUUCCGUCUUAUAAGCUGCUGCCAUGUGGAGAACCCGCACCACAUAGACAACUAUUCCAGAGUUGCCUUCCCGCUUUCGUUCGUUGGUGUCAACCUGCUCUACUGGACAUACUAUCUGUACUUGUAGCGUCGGCUUCAGUGCAACACGUGUCCAGGAGAAUGUGAGGCUAGACAGGAAGUGGUACCUGAGCGUGUUUUGAGAUGGAUUCUUUCAGUUUCUACAUCUAGGUUCAUGAAUGGAGUCAUAUUUCUAGUGAACGUUUGAAGCUUACUCCUGCUAGUUUAUGAUUAAGAUGCACCUUAGAUACACCUGUGGGACGUUUCUGCCUGCUUAAAGGUUAUGCAUAUUUACAGUCUUUGUCCUGCUGGCCUGAGCAUGCUGCUGCAGCUUCAGUCUUACAGCAGCUCAUGUAAAAUUUGUGCUUCCAUUAGUUUCUGCCGUUUACAUGAAGUCAGAUCCAGACGUGUCAAGAUAAAAUACGCGAUUACACAAGAUGUUGGUAGAAUUAGGAAGAAACUCCUCCUGGACGGUUCCAUAGGACACCCUACAUGAUCUUCACAUGGAGGUCACAUGUGAAAACAUGUUUUCCACAUGUUGCUCAUAUGAACAAGGAACAAAAAAAUGAACUUCACUUGUGAAAUGGGCAGCUCUAGGGGUAGAGUGGGUUGUCUAGCAAGGUUGCAGGUUUGAUCCCCGCUCCCGCCACAGAAUGCUGCUGUUGUGUCCUUGGGCAAGACUUUUGGCCCACUCUGCCUGCUGGUGGUGGUUGGAGGAACCGCUGGCGCCUGUGUCAGUACGCUGCAGGGCAGCUGUGAUUACAUUGUGGCUCAUCCUCACCAGCAUGUGAAUGGGUGAAUGGCUGAGUUGUGAAGCGCCAUGGGGGGCUGUAGAACACUAUACAACUACAGGCCAUUUACUAUGAAGUGAGCUGCAGUUGCAUGGCACCUUUCAUAGUCGUUGGACUCCAAAGCGCUUUACACCACAGUGUAUCAUCCACUCACAUGCCGAUGGUGGUGAGCUACAUUGUAGCCACAGCUGCUCUGGGACACGCUUACAGAGUCUUGCCCAAGGACACAACAGGCAGGCAGGGGGGUGAAGUGUCACCAUAUUUGUAGUUUUAAAUGUUUUUUUUUUUUACUGAGUAUGCCUUGGAGAGGCUAGUGAGAUUUGUAUUUCUGCAAAUAUGGUGCAAAAUGACAAAUACGUCUUGAAUCUUGAACUGUCUUGCCCAAGGACACAACAGCAGAGUUCUCUGUAGGGAGCUGGAAUCGAUCUGAUUAGGACAGCGCGCUCUACCUCCCGAGUUCUGCCUGCUCUGGUUUGGGAACACUGACAGGAUCCUACAUGUUCGUCAGCUCAGAGGAAGGAACAGAAUCAGACCUGUGUGUGUGUGUGUGUGUGUGUGUGUGUGCGUGCGUGCGUGCAUGCGUGUGUGUGUGUGUGUGUGUGUGUGUGAGCAAACCUGCAGUGAGCUUUUACACAGAGACAGUUAUUUAGCUAAUGGAAGGAAUCGCUGUUCCAGGAUGAUCUGGGACUGUAGGACGGAGUGGUGAUCUGACACUUGACGACAGGUGUGUUUUCCACAGCGUGAAAUAAAUGUAACUGUUCUGUUGUGACAAAAUAAUCAUCGGUAUUUUAUGGCUAAUUUUCCGGUUUUGCCAGCAAAGCUAAUAUUUAAAUAACAAUAAUGGAGGAAAUGGACAGUGGAGGAGAAAGGAACAAUCCUACUAACAUCCGUCGUGGAAGAGGUGUGCUCUCUUACUGCCUGCAUAUAAAUGUGGUGGCCUUUGGCCUCAUUGAUUUUAAUCAGAAAUCUGGUGAAUAGUUUGUCAUCUUUUAAAUCUGCCUCAGUAUUUCCAAACAAAAGCUGCCUUGUUUAUAAACAGCUGGACUAAAGAAGCAGCAGCUAUGGGUCCGUGGUGCAAGACAGCAUGAAGCAUCACAGAAGUGUAAGAUACAGCGACAUCUAGUGGCACAACGGCAAAAAGCAACUAACUGAAAACCUUUAGCAACACACACCCAUACAUUCACACACACACGCGCGCACACACGCACGCGUGCGCACACACACACACAGAGAACUGCUGCAUGACCUUUUGAAGAAAACUACACACUUCUGCUGUUUGUCUCUCUUCAGAGACUCCUGGUGUUUUAUAAAUUAUGAAUGCAUCAAAUGUUUAAAGGUAACAAUGUCAUAUUUUAUAUUUAAUUAGGAAAACAUCUGUUUAUCUUCUUUCGUCACGGAUGCUUUCCGAGUUAUUUUAGCACAUUAAAUCAUCUGAUCUUCUGGGUCUUCAUCAGUAUGAACAGUGUUGGGUGUAAAGCAUUACAAAAGUAAUAAAUUACUGUAAUGCAUUGCUUUAUGCUGUAAUGUCGUAAUGUAAGGCAUUACAGGGAAAGAAAAUAGUGAUAUUUACUAGGUACAAUUGUCAGUAACACGGUAAUUACAAUGCAUUUUUAAACCUAGAAUCAAGAUGCGGGUUUCCUAAAAAUUCCAAUUGUGGGAAGCCUGAAAAAAGAUCUGGUAUCCACAUAUAUGACGUCAUUUAUGGACUCAGCUUUGCGGGCAUUCUAUGAGCAGAGAGGACGCAGCAGUAAUGGCUCAAAUACUCGUCCUGCGCGCUGCUGCUGUUAUAUUCACAAAAUCGCUCCACCAAAACAAAGUAAUUCAUUUGCGAUCAUUUAUAUCAGCCCAUAUUCUCUGGUACUUCAUGUACUUUUCAGCUGAGUUCAUAAUCUGUGCCCUGGUGAUUUCAACUCAUUGUUGCUGGAGCGCAGCGCAUAUGAAGCUUUUUUUUUUUUGCGUUCGGUAGAUCCCUUUGGCUGAUAGUUAGAAAAUAGGAAAUCUAGGAAACAGUUUUUCUGGAAGACGGAGAAAACAUGCAGCAUGCAGGAAGGUUAGAGGGAGAAAGGGCAGAAAAUCAUUCAAAUAAAAUCAAGAAAACAAAACAAAGUGCUUGAAAAGAAAAAAAGUAGGUAGAUUUAUCCCCAAUACACAUUUUUACCAGUGAAAAACAAUGAUAUAUACGCAUUUAAUAUUUAUACAUGUGAUAGAAUCAGAUCACCCCAGAAGUCAGUCCCACAUCCAGGGCCGUAUCAAGGCAUUUGGAGACCAAGGCAAAUAUAGGCUUGGAGCCCCCACCACCUCACUCCCUGCUCAGUUAAUAUAAGAUGGCAGCGUGCUGAGAGUACAGAUUGUUGUUGCUUUCAUUUAAUAAACAAUCAUUUUAAAGCACUGUUAUUAUAUCUGACUGUUUCUAAUAGCAACCCUAGCUCAGACACCACAUCACUUUCCACAAAUAUGUCAUGAGCUCACUGAGCGUCAGAUUACCAGAUUCAUACAGAAGUUGUUUUGGUGAAAAUAACUUAGAGUAAUGCAAAAGUAGUGUAAUGCCUUACAUUUUAUAAUCAGUACUAUUGUAAUGUAAUGAAUUACUUUAAAAUGAGAGUAACAAGUAAUAAAUAAUGCAGUUUUGAAGUAACUUGCCCAACACUGAUUAUGAAAGACUAAACAACAAACCUCACAUGGUGGUUUUUAUGUCCUGUUACUUGCUGUAAGUUGAAAUAACAUCCAUCUGGGGUCAUGUGGAGGUGAGGACCAGAGCUUGGAGAAGCAGGAGGAGCCUAGAAGAAUCUCAAGCUUUAAUAAGAAAACAAAUGGCUGCCAGUUACUGAUGCAGGGCAGCCAUGGGGGAGCUCCAACGAAGAUCUGGAACAUUUCAGGAGUAAAUCUAAGCAGAUGAAGUGACAUCAGGCUGAAACUACACAGCUGAAUCUGUAUUUGCUGAGACAGGAACAUAAACACGACUCACUCCUGAUGAUUAACUCACUCCUGAUUUUUUUCUUUCACCAUUUAGUAAAAGUGUUUUAGUACUUAAUGUCUUUCCUGCAUGAUGAACUUUGUUCUGCUCUCUAAGGACCUGUGUAACAGGACGGUAACCCCAGGUCACCACCAGGAUCAGAGCUGGUUCCAGAUGGAGUCUGAGAGAUGCUUCUGUUUUAUGAACUAUGAGACAAUAACAGCUUUGUUAGCUUUGAGCCACCAGAAACAAGUAAAAACUAGAUUUUUACCUUGAAUUUUCUGCGGCUCCAAACCACACAUCCAAUCCUACAGCUCCUCAGCCACAUUCAGAUGUGAGUGCACGUGUUCAUCAGAAGUGUCUUUCUAAACACUUUUGGUAAAACAACAGAGUGGAUUUUUAAUUUUACUUCUGGAUCUCAGACUCAUGAGUCAAAGGUCAGACGGACUGAGAACUUUAGUGAAAUGUAUUGAUAAGCUGUAGAGCACCUGUUGGCCUAACCUAAUUUACAUAAGUGAUACUAUGCAUGUUAAUUUGGUGUCUGAAUAUGAAUGAUGGCAAUAAAAAGGUUAGUGUGGA